AAAGAAUCAAAACAAACUUUCCAAAAUCUCAGCUCCGAUCUGCUGCCUGCCUUUGACUCCUCCUUGAUAAGAAGAAGAAGAAGAAUCCAAAGCUUCUCCGAUCUUCUUCAACCUCCCAAAAACCCUAAAAUUAGAUCGUUUGCUUUUGUUUUGAUUUGUGGUGGCAAUGGAGUUUAAUGGAGAUGAUGAGUCUAGCUUCGAGCAGUGUUACCGUUGUUACCCUGUCACAUUCAUUGAAAAGGCACAUCUUGACAAGGGUGACAAAAUUAUAAUGCCUCCUUCCGCUCUCAAUCGUCUUGCUUCUUUGCAUAUUGAGUACCCAAUGCUGUUCCAGCUAAUUAACGAGUCUGUUGGAAAGACCACACAUUGUGGUGUACUCGAAUUCACUGCAGACGAAGGCAUUGUCUACUUUCCCUAUUGGAUGAUGCAAAACAUGUCUCUUGAAGAAGGAGACAUUGUGAGAAUCAAGAACAUGAGCUUGGUGAAAGGGACUUACAUCAAGCUUCAGCCUCACACUCAAGAUUUCUUGGACAUUACCAACCCUAAAGCCAUCUUGGAGACUACGCUUAGGAGCUACUCUUGCUUGACCACUGGCGAUACAAUCAUGGUUCCUUACAACAACAAGCAGUAUUUUAUCAAUGUGGUUGAAGCAAAGCCUUCUUCAGCUGUGAGUAUUAUAGAAACGGACUGUGAGGUUGAUUUCGCUCCUCCUCUUGAUUACAAAGAACCUGAAAAGCCGCAAAAACUGACUCCUCCAAAGAAGCGAACUCGCCAAGUUGAGGAGGAGGAACCAGCAAGCAAAGUUCCCAAGUUCACGCCAUUCACUGGGUCCGGAAAGCGUUUGGAUGGGAAGACACAAACAGAAUCAACUGAACAAGAAGACAAGCCAACUGUGAAGGGAAAAGAUGAUGAGUUGUCAACCCCAACGCCACCGCAAAAAUCAGGGAAGCUUGUCUUUGGCUCAAACAGCAAACAAGCUUCAAAACCAACUGUGAAAGUUGAUCCCAAGAACGUUGAGCAAGAGAGCUCGACAAAAUCUGAUGAAGCCAAGUUUAAAGUGUUUACUGGGAAGAAAUACUCACUCAAAGAUUAAGAAAAAUAGGGGCUUAUUAAUCAUCUGCUGAUGAAAUUUAUUUGUUUUUAAUAUUUCUUUUUCACAAAAAUAUUUGGUUAAUCUUUUAUGGAGUAUUCAUAUUUUUUCU